UCCCAGCAAAGGUCUCCUCUGCGGCUCGCUCUGCCCGGGAUGGGCGGAAUGCCCCGGGUAAUGGAAGAUGAUCACGGUUUAACAAACGUCACCUGGGGAGUGGGAUGACCUGGGGAUGGCAAUGUUCUGUUUUAAUGAAAGUGUUGUUUACCCGCCCGCCUAGUCUGAACAAGUGAUUUCUCCUGGCUUUGGUGGCCUGUGCCAGAGGGAUCCGUCCUGCUACCAGCAUGCCCACCCAGCUGGAGAUUGCCAUGAACACCAUGAUCAUGAUCUUCCACCGCUAUUCCUGCAGGGAAGGGGACAGGUUCAAGCUUAACAAGGGGGAGCUGAAAAUGCUCCUGCAGCAAGAGCUCACGGACUUCCUCUCGUGCCGAAAGGAUCCCGAGUUGGUUGAUAAGAUAAUGCAGGACCUGGAUGCCAAUAAGGACAACGAAGUGGAUUUUAAUGAAUUCGUGGUCAUGGUGGCAGCUCUCACAGUUGCUUGUAAUGAUUACUUUGUAGAACAAUUGAAGAAGAAAGGAAAGUAAAGACAAGUAGUUAGCUAAUCUAAAGCAGAAAUAUAUCCAAAGUUGUUCACUCACCAUUCAUCUAUACCCGCCAUCACAGUAAUGCCAUAUGCAGAUACCAUACGCACAUAAUUAGUUGCUAGUAUCAUCAGGUGAUAUAUACCAUAAUAUAUUGCCUUUAAAGAAAUAUUCCAAGCCUUAUACACCCUACUUGACAUUUUCCUGUAUUAUUAAAGAUG